AUGAAAAACACAUUUCCAGUUUAUGCAAUUGAUCAACUGAAAAAUGUGGGAGUCAGGGACGUAAUUCUCGAAAUUGUUUGUAAAAUUUGUUUUAUAGAUUUUGAUUUAUUUUACUUUGAGGAAACUCACAAAUUGAACGAAAAGGACGAUUCGGAAGUAGUUUACGAUAAUGCUCACGGUACCCAUCUUUCUAUCGGAGUGAUAGGUAAAUGCAUAACGUAUUACCGUUCCGUGGACGAAUUCUUUUCUGCUGUGAUUUGUAAUAAGAGUGAAAAUGUCGUAAUGAGAAAUGAAUGCUUUUGCAUGCAUUUAAUACAUAAUUUUAAUAAUCGAACCGGGUAUACUGCCUGGGAAGAAGCUUGCACGAGUGUGUAUCCUCACAGAUACCAUUUUUUUGUGAAUUAUGUUGGUGAACUUAAUCCAAUCAAAAAAGCUCUGUUGGAACUGAACGACAGUGUAAAUAUUGAAGCAUUACUGGUGAGCAUUCUUGGUUCGGCACAAUAUAAUUUGUGCGACGUGAAUUUAGUCAACUGCAUUGAACCAGUGCAAUACAUGGGAUGCAGGACAACUCCGACUCAAAAUCAGGUAAUAGGGAAAUUGUUUUUUGCUUUCUUUUACAAGAAGGUGCAUGUAUUUAUGAUCUCCAUUUUCAGGUUCUUGCUGCUUAUUAUAGUAAGUUGUCAGCAUAAAAAAACUUCACAAACACCUGAUCAAUUAGUUUCGAUCAUUCAUUUUCUGUAUCAAUCUCUCAUUGAGAAUUAACG